AUCAAUGUGUGUACAUAAAUGCGAAACUUCCCUCUUCUCCCAUUCUUAAAUCCUCCCACCACCACCACCACCACCACAACCACCGUUCCCCGUCACGGUGGCGCUUUUUUCUCUCAUCGGAGCGCCUCACCGGUGGCAGACGGUGUCGUUGUUCCUCCUCUCCUAAAUCAAAAAACCUCUCCCAUCACAGCUCCUACGGUGCGUUUUCGUUCGUGCGUAUCUCUAUUAGAAAAAAAAAAAGCUUUCGAGAGAGAUGGGGCAGAGUUUGAGCUGUGGAACGAGACCGGAGCACGGAAUUUUCGCCUCUGUACAGUGCGGCGAUAUCGUCACUGUUCGCCGUGUGAUGACGGCAGAGCCUAGUUUGUUGAAUCAGACUACUGCUUAUGAUCGUCACUCUGUUCUUCAUGUCGCUGCUGCUAAUGGUCAGAUCGAGAUUUUGUCUUUGCUUUUGGAACGAUUUACGAAUCCAGAUUUGUUGAAUCGUCACAAACAGACUCCGUUAAUGUUGGCUGCGAUGUAUGGGAGGAUCUCUUGUGUGAAGAAGCUCACUGAAGUUGGAGCUAAUAUAUUGAUGUUUGAUUCUGUGAAUCGAAGAACAUGUUUGCAUUACGCUGCAUAUUAUGGACAUGCUAACUGUGUUCAAGCGAUUCUCUCUGCUGCUCAAUCAAGUCCCGUUGCUGUUCAUUGGGGGUAUUCGAGGUUUGUGAACAUAAGAGAUGAUAAAGGAGCGACUCCGUUGCAUCUAGCUUCUCGGCAGAGACGGCCUGAAUGUGUGAAUGUGUUGUUGGACAGUGGUUCUCUUGUUUGUGCAUCUACUAGUGUAUAUGGUUCUCCAGGGAGUACACCUCUCCAUUUGGCAGCUAGAAGUGGAUCUAUUGAUUGUGUCAGAAAAUUGCUUGCUUGGGGUGCUGAUCGUCUUCAGAGAGACGCUUCUGGGAGGAUACCCUAUAUGGUAGCAAUGAAGCAUAAGCAUGGAGCAUGUGGAGCAUUGCUAAACCCGUCCUCUGCAGAGCCUCUCGUUUGGCCAUCACCAUUAAAGUUCAUCAGCGAGCUUGAUGACGAGGCGAAACUCCUAUUAGAGCAGGCUUUAAUGGAUGCUAAUCGGGAGAGAGAGAAAACCAUCCUCAAGGGAACUGCUUACUCCUUACCAUCACCCUCUUUCUCCGACACUGCUUCAGAUGAUAACAUGUCCGAGGUGAGUGAUACGGAACUGUGCUGUAUUUGCUUUGAGCAAGUAUGCACGAUUGAAGUCAAAGACUGUGGACACCAAAUGUGUGCACAAUGCACACUUGCACUGUGCUGUCACAACAAACCGAACCCAACAACCUCAACUGUGACUCCACCGGUCUGCCCGUUCUGUAGAAGCACCAUCGCGCGUUUAGUCGUCGCCCAGAAUAACAACAACAACGAAAAGAGCAAAAGCCUAGAUGAUGUUGUUGUUGUUGAUCUCGAGGCAGGUGAUGUAAGCUCCUCCAAAUUCAGAAAGCACAGAAGAUCAAUAAACCUUGGCGAAGAGAGCAGCAGUUUCAUGGGACUAUCAAGCAUUGGAUCGUUCGGAAGAAUAACCGGCCGUGGCUCGGGAAGGAUCGCAGCCGACAACGAGCUGAUGGACAAACCAAUAUUGUGAGGAUCGAAUCAGGUCGCGAUAUUUUGGGCGCUUGUUGAGGGAAGAAAGUGACAGAUGAUGAUGAGGUAAAAUUGUGAGAAUGUAAAAAAUAUAGAUUGAAUUUAUGUAGAUCUUUUGUUGGGGAGGGGGGAGAUUGAAAUAAGGAGAGGAAAAAAGAUGCGAAGUUGUGUAAUGCAAGGAAGGAUUUGUUGUUUCUUUGAUUAAGUUUGGCCAAAAUGGUUUGUUGUUGUUAUUAUUUGGUUACUUGAUAUGAAAGGGAAGCCCCCCAUCAUCUUUUUGUCUU